AUGGAGCCUGGAACGCUGUGGGAGCUAACUGAGGAAUCGUGCCCUAGAAACUCCAGGCGAGAGACUAUUAACUACCAGAGCGAAGCAAACGAUAGCCAAUGCACAGAGAUUUUUGGCCGUUAUGGACGUAUAGGAUGUCUCCCAUCAACAGUGGGAAUGUUGGGAACCUUUGGAGGAUUCCUAUUUUCAGAUGUGCGUAGCUUCAUUUCUGAAAAUUACGUCUACUUUGAGAAUUCUUCAAGUAACCCUUAUUUGAUACGAAGAAUAGAAGAACUCAAUAAGACUGCCAAUGGAAACGUGGAAGCAAAGGUGGUAUGUUUCUACAGAAGAAGAGACAUAUCAAGUACACUUAUUGUAUUGGCAGAUAAACAUGCAAGAGAGAUGGAAGAAGAGAUGGAAAAUCCAGAAAUGGUUGAUUUACCAGAGAAACAGAAGCAUCAGCUGCGACACCGUGAAUUGUUUCUCUCACGACAGCUGGAAUCUCUGCCAGCCACACACAUUAGAGGCAAAUGCAGCGUUACUCUGUUAAAUGAGACAGAAUCCCUUAAGUCAUAUCUUGAGCGGGAGGAUUUCUUCUUUUAUUCACUAGUAUAUGAUCCUCAGCAAAAGACCCUACUUGCUGAUAAAGGAGAAAUUCGAGUUGGAAACAGAUACCAAGCAGACAUAACAGACUUAUUAAAAGAGGGUGAGGAUGAUGGAAGAGACCAGUCGAAACUUGAAACAAAAGUUUGGGAAGCCUUUAACCCGCUAGUAGACAAGCAGAUAGACCAGUUCUUGGUGGUAGCGCGGUCUGUUGGUACAUUUGCCCGAGCACUAGAUUGCAGUAGUUCUGUCAGACAGCCAAGUUUGCACAUGAGUGCUGCAGCAGCCUCUAGGGACAUCACGCUGUUCCACGCUAUGGACACUUUGCACAAAAAUGUCUAUGACAUUUCCAAGGCGAUCUCUGCACUUGUGCCACAGGGUGGGCCAGUCCUAUGUAGAGAUGAGAUGGAGGAGUGGUCUGCUUCAGAGGCCAACCUCUUUGAGGAAGCACUAGAAAAAUACGGAAAAGAUUUCACUGACAUUCAGCAAGAUUUUCUCCCAUGGAAGUCCUUAACAAGCAUAAUAGAAUAUUAUUAUAUGUGGAAAACUACAGACAGAUACGUUCAGCAGAAACGAUUGAAAGCAGCAGAAGCAGAAAGCAAGCUAAAACAAGUGUAUAUACCCAACUAUAACAAGCCAAACCCCAACCAGAUCAAUGUAAAUAAUGUCAAACCAGGAGUGGUAAAUGGUACUGGAGUGCAGGCACAGAACACGGGAGCAGGACGGGCCUGUGAAAGCUGUUAUACCACACAGUCUUACCAGUGGUAUUCUUGGGGUCCCCCUAACAUGCAGUGUCGCCUCUGUGCAUCCUGUUGGACGUACUGGAAGAAAUACGGUGGCUUGAAAAUGCCAACACGGUUAGAUGGAGAGAGACCAGGACCAAACCGCAAUAACUUGAGUCCUCAUGGUGUACCAGUGCGAAACAGUGGGAGCCCCAAGUUUGCUAUGAAGACACGACAAGCUUUCUAUCUCCAUACAACCAAACUGACCAGAAUUGCCAGACGUUUAUGUCGAGAUAUCUUGCGCCCUUGGCAUGCUGCAAGACAUCCCUAUCUGCCUAUUAACAGCGCGGCAAUCAAAGCAGAAUGCACAGCACGUUUACCAGAGGCAUCAGAAAACCCCUUGCUAUUAAAGCAAGUGGUUCGAAAGCCUUUAGAAGCAGUACUCCGUUACUUAGAGUCUCAUCCAUGUCCUCCGAAACCAGAUCCUGCGAAGAGUUUGUCCAGUUCCCUCAACAAUCUGACGCCUGCCAAGUUUACACCUGUCAUUAAUAAUGGGUCCCCGACUAUCCUGGGAAAAAGAAGUUAUGAACAACACAAUGGAAUGGAUGGCAACAUGAAGAAGCGCCUGUUGAUGCCUAGCAGGGGAACUUAUUUAGGUCUGCCUAACCACGGACAAACCAGACAAAUGGGACCAAGCCGAAACUUGCUGCUCAAUGGGAAAUCAUACCCAACAAAAGUCCGAUUAAUUCGUGGUGGAUCCAUGCCUCCAGUGAAAAGGAGGAGGAUGAACUGGAUUGAUGCUCCAGACGAUGUUUUUUACAUGGCCACGGAAGAAACCAGGAAAAUCCGCAAGCUGCUUUCCUCUUCUGAAGCCAAGCGAGCCGCCAGACGCCCUUACAAGCCUAUUAUCCUCCGGCCAAUGCAGGCAGUGCAGUUACGCCAGCCCAUGAAUGAUGAACCCAUAAUCAUCGAGGAUUAACACACACUGAGCAGCUCUCGCCGAAUGACGGUGGAUCUGCCUGAAAGAAUCUCUCCUCCAGUGUAUACUUGAGUUUCUAUGACUACAGCAUUGAACUAACUGUUGAAGAGAGGGAACUUUUGAGGAACUGUUUUGCAUCUUUUAAACCCUUAAAAGGAACUCAGCCCUGCUCUGAGCCUCUGACCACAGACUGCUCUCUCUCUCUUGCGCGCGCUCUCUCCUUCUCUCUUCUUUCUUUCUUUUUUUCUUUUUUUUUUUCUUUUUGGUAGCCUAUUUUCCCCUUUGCUUCUACCCCUUUUGUAGAUGGGGGAGGGAAAGUAAGUUUAACUUAUUAAGAGAAUGUGGACUAGUACUUUUUAGCUUUGUUUCCUCUUCUGAUGUAUGAAGAGCUAGAACCCUUCAUUUUGUGACCGAGCUCUCGUUGCAAAGCCGUUUUUACAAGGCUGUGUUGUAAGUUUCUUUUUUUUUUUUUAAUUUUGUGGACGGCGCCAUUUUUUAUUUCAUUUAUAUUAUUUCUUUUGUAGAUAAAUUUCCAACCUUUAACUGAUAUUUGGAAGUAGGAGCUGAAAGCCAGCCCCAGGUUCAGCCAGUUUUCUUUGGUCCUGUCCCUUAUGUUUUUUGGAUCAUUUUGCACGGCCAGUUGUGCUCCUGCACAAGACAGAAACAACUCAGGCUGAGAAAGGAGUGAGCUGAGAACUGAAGAACCUUGCAGAACAUUACACUAACAGGGUGUGCAGUGGAGGCCAGGCUACCAGAAUUAGAUGUCCUUAUUCUAGUCGAUCCCUGGGAGAUCUGGCUUGUAGCGUUUCUCUCAGUAACCAGCAGUUUGCGUGCUGCCUUCUCUCUGACAUCUGGAAAUCCUACGUGCUGUUAUACCACCGAGACCCAGCAGUAGGCCCAGCAGUCCAGCAAGUGUAAUGAAUUGCUUUGCUCUGGCUCCAAGAGUCAAGUACACCAAUGCCCAGGGACAUUUUGCUUAGAAUUCUGAACCUGUUUGUGCGACAGUGUUUUUUGGACACGUCUCUCCCAGGCCAAAACCUGGUUUCUCUUAAAUUGCGUUAUUGUAUGUUUCCCAUUUUGAAGGGAAUUUAAAUUACAGCUGGGUUUUAAUUUGAACACAUUGUGUCUGAAAUUAAGUGUUUUUUUUUCUUCCCUUGACAUUUCUUGUGUUUGAAGUUUUUUGCAUCUCUUGAACUUACUAUGUAUUUGCAAGUCUGUAUAAUUUCUUUUUCAUAUGUCUUCUCAUUGCAGUGCAUUUGCUGAAUGCCCUGCUCUGUUUUGAAAGGAUGUAAACUAUCAUUUGCAACUUGUGCUGAUCUGUACAUGUACCUGCCUCAAGCAGACACAGCAUGUAAUAACCCCCAAGUCAUUCCAUAUGUGUCAGCAGUGAGAUGAGCCAAAGUUGUAUUUGGGUUAUCACAGUCCAACCGUGAUUCUGUGCAACUCUGCCGACCCGCUGGGUUAGACAGAAAGGAAUCCCCACAAAAUGAAAUCAAUUCAGUUAACUUUACUUAAUAAACCUGGAAAGUGAGCUUUUGUGAAA